CGGGACCUUGAGAGAUGGCAGGGCCCUCGCCGUGUGCUGACUUGCAGGCUGUGCACGGUUUGGAGCAUCCCGUGCACAGAGUGUGCAUGCGAUGCGUGAUGGCCGCGUCGAGCCCUGAUGCCCCUUGCUCCUGUGACUGCUUUGUGUCCGUGCCCCCGGCCUCAGCCAUCCCAGCUGUGAUAUUUGCAAAGAACUCGGAUCGACCUAGGGCCGAGGUGCAGGAAGUGGUGUUUGUACCAGCAAGUACCCACGCCCCUGGGAGCCGCCUCCAGUGCACCUACAUUGAGGUGGAACAGGUAUGCAAGACUUACGCCAUGAUUCUGAGCCGACCUUCUUGGUUGUGGGGGGCUGAGAUGGGUGCAAAUGAGCAUGGUGUCUGCAUUGGCAAUGAAGCUGUAUGGACCAAGGAGCCUGUAGCAGAGGGGGAGGCCCUGCUGGGCAUGGACCUACUCAGAUUGGCUUUAGAACGGAGCAGCUCUGCCCAGGAGGCCGUGCACGUGAUCUCAUGCUUGCUGGAGCGCCAUGGACAGGGAGGCAGCUGCCGGGAAGACCCUGAGCCAUUCUGCUACCACAAUACCUUCCUGCUGGCUGACCGGAAGGAGGCAUGGGUGAUGGAGACAGCUGGGAGGCUAUGGGCUGCUCAGAGGAUCCAGGCAGGGGCCCGAAACAUUUCCAACCAGCUGAGCAUUGGCACAGACAUCUCAGCCGAACACCCAGAGCUUCGGAGUCAUGCCCAGGCCCAGGGCUGGUGGGCUGGGCAGGGCACCUUUGACUUCACACAGGUCUUCUCCCUGACCCAGCAGCCUGUGCGCAUGGAGGCUGCCAAGGCCCGCUUCCGGGCAGGACGUGAACUGUUACAACCGCGGCAAGGGGCUAUCACAGCAGAGGUGAUGAUGGACAUUCUCAGGAGCAAGGAGAGUGGUAUCUGCAUGGAUUCUGGAGGCUUCCGCACCACAGCCAGCAUGGUGUCCAUCCUGCCCCAGGAUCCCUCGCAGCCCUGUGUCCACUUCCUCACGGCCACACCAGACCCCUCCAGGUCGGUGUUCAAACCUUUCAUUUUUGGGCUGGGGGCAGCUCAGGUGCCCCAGGUCCUGUCUCCCACUUUUGGAGAUCAGGACCCUGUUCGGAUCCUACCUCGAUUCCAGACCCAGGUGGAUCGCCGACACACACUCUACCGUGGACACCAGGCAGCUGUAGAGUUGAUGGAGAGUGGGCAGGAGCGGGGACAGCAGCUCUGGCAGAAGCAGCGGGACCUGGAGCAGGAAGGCCUGGAAAUUGCACGGGGACUGCUGACCAGCGAGCAGACCCCAGCAUCCCAGCAGCUGGGCAGCCUCUUCCAGGCCUUUGUAGAGAGGGAGAGCCAGCUUUAUGCAUAACCACACAGGUCCUCCUGGCCUGGGUAGGCACAGGACUGCUGGUACUAGCAGCUCUGGAGCAAUCACAGCAAUACCCUCAGCCAUAUUCUAAGUGGGUGGUAAGGCCUUUGCUUUAAUAAAUGUGUUCUAUUAACUUGUUCAGUGAACUGGAUCCCAGGUCUAAGGUAGGGUAAGAGAGCUGAGGAUAAAGGGCAGCCCUAGACUGGCUUCGAGGCCUGUGGUACCAGGCAGAGAAUUCUUCUCGUGGUAGUAGGCAUUGAACUCAGGCACAUGGUGCUUGUUAGGCAAGCAUUUGAUGACUGGAGCCCUUGUGCAUUUUCUUUCUUUUUUAGCUUUUAUAUCACUUUAUUCUCAGGGCCAACCUGUAUGAGUUAACAAACCCCACACUGCCAACCAUGUGGGAAUCAUACCAAAUUCUCAUACUUAACAAUGAACUCUGGGUUGCAAAAGAAGAUUUACUAUUUGCAUUUGUCUGUAAGGCUUUGUUACAAAUUAAAGACACACAAGUGUUAUCCCUUG